UGUCGGUAAAUACUCACAGAUUUGCAGCUCUUCCUUGAAUAUUUUUGGAUUUCCCUUCCUAGAACAUUUAUGUAUAUUAUGCAUCCGGCACAACGAGAAAGCUUCAGUUGAGUUCGAAUGCGAAACAGUUUCUAUCGGGAAAUUCGGAAUGAACUUGUGCGUCUCACUGGCGGUAUUUAAUAUGGUCAUUGGAACCGCUCUCCUGGUGGAGGCUCUCAAUAAAGAGACCUGUUAUGGCUCAUUGUUGAAAAACGUUUACGAUCAAUACCAGACGGCUGGAGUUAUAAUCACAAUGCCGGAAGCUCUUCGUAGAACUUUCACAGUCCUCGCUAUUCAGUAUAACACGUUAAGAAUGUUAUUUAACGAAGGGAUUUCCGUGGUUGUUAAUAACUUUGUGGAACUCAAGGAGAGAUUCACUUCCUAUACUCACAGAACUGGUCGACCAUUAAUUAUAACUGUAUUCACCACAAUGGAAGAUGUCUACACCUUCCAGCAGAUCGUUAAGAAUGUGACCAUUAGUUAUCCCAUAUGGUUGAUGCUUUUCAUUGGACACAUCAGCCCAGAUGUGUGUGAUUACUGUCGAGAGCCUCGUGGGAAUUUGUUGAAUCUCAAAUUCAAUUCACAAGUUCUUGUUUUAUGCUGCGAAUCAGAUGUCAUUGUUGAAUGGUGGUCAUUGACGGGCGAUCAUACGAAGCGACAAGAAAUCGGCCGAUGGAUGAAUGAUUAUCGCAGGAUCGAGUGGAUUAAAAAUGAAACGCUCUACAGCCGGAGAAAUUCGUUGGAAGGACGAGGACUGCGUAUUGCCAUCACUAAGAGAUCUUCCUAUAUUUGGGAAAAGGAUGGAGAGUAUUUUGGACUCUUCGGAGAAUUUCUCAACGAAUUAUCUGAGACAAUGAACUUCACGAUAUCAGAGGUAUUCCCGGAGGAUUUUUACGGAAGUUGGGAUCCAAAGACGGCAGAGUGGAGUGGUCUAAUUGGAAGAAUUCAGAGGAACGAAGCUGAUAUCGGGGUUUCUCCAAUAGCUAUGACGCAUGGACGACUGAACGUUGUUGAUUUUACCAUUCCCAUGGUGUCUGGAGAGACACGACUGUACGUGAGGAAACUCGAUGGUGCUCGUGUUCGGUGGCAGGCCUAUUUCAAGGCAUUUGCUGUGGAUGUCUGGGUUGCCAUCAUUGGGUUGAUCCUGACGAUGCCCCUCUUUUUGACUCUUAUCAGGUACAGAAGGGGGAAUCAUUUGUUUCCUCAGAUCGUCGAGCACUAUUUGAACGUCUGGGGUAUUUAUUGUCAACAAGGAUUGUCAAGUUUUCCAGACGAAACACCUUUGAGAAUUGUUUAUUUAUCUUUGUUCAUUUCAACCGUGAUCAGUGCUAGUGUCUACUCAGCAUCUCUGGUCAGUUUCCUCACUGUCUUUUCGUCAUACUCACCAUUUAACACGAGAGAAGAAUUCGCUUCUGAUGGUAGUUAUGGGCUUAUCGUUGUGGUGGAUAGUGCACAGUACGACACAUACAAGAGUCAUACAGAUCCACUCAGCAAGAGGAUGAUGUCCCUGAUGAAACCAAAGGAUUCCCUCCCCUAUAAUACAAUCGAGGGCUUCGAUCAGCUGUGUCGCGAGAAAGUGGCAUUCGAAGUCAAUGAAGCCCAAAGAAUGACUAUACUUAAUUCCAUGUUCUGCGAAAUAACUUCCAUCAGGACAGGAGCGAUCGAGACGUUCGGUAUGAUCACUCCACAGCAGAGCGAGUACUUGGAGUUCAUAAAUUAUCGCAUUCGUCAGUUCAAAUAUACUGGAAUGUUCCAACGAAUCAAAUACAGACAUAUGGUAAAAAUACUGAACAACCCAGUCGAAUUUCCUGAUUUACACAUGGAAGGCUUCACACCGAUCUUGUUGAUUCUUAUCACAGGAUUUCUUAUUACUCUCAUCAUUUUCCUUACGGAGAUUGUUUUCAAAGAGUUAUCACGUAAAUUGAAUGAUUGGAAAAUGCAAAAAAUGAUUGAAGUGGAAAUUGAAAAGUCUCGGUUCUCUCAGAACGUGAAAAAAUAAAUUAUUUUUGGCAAUAUAUUUGUUCUUCGGAGAUGUAAAUUUUUAUUUAUGAAUAAAAGCUGAUGUUCGCAA